ACACUCGUUUUUGCAAGUAUUCAUUAGUGAGCACCUAUCAUGUUAAUCCUGCUAAUUAAGCAGAUAUAAAAGAAGCUAAAUUUCUGAAAAGAUAUCAUUUUCAAUAAGUUUCUUCACUGAUUGGGAGACAAACUAAUCAGAAUGAAAAUUUAUUUUUUGGUUUGCGCUUUGGUGGCAUCUGUGACCGCUGAUGUUAGCAACAUAAGCAAUGAAUACCUUCCACCAACUUAUGCUGCUGCUGCUUCCGCUCCAGUACAGACUUAUAGUGCUCCAGUGUCGGCUCCUUCUUACACCGCUCCAGAACAAAGCUUUGAUGUUGCUGCUCCCAGUGUCUUAGCAGAACCAGAAUACGCAGCCUCGGCACCAGUUGCUUCGCAUAGUUUCUCCUCGUCAGACGGUUACCGGUACAAAACUCAAAGGCGUGUAGUAUACCGUCAUCGUCAACGUCGUGGUGCUCUUUCAACCGAAUAUUUGCCUCCAGCCGCUUCUUCACCUUCCGUUGAAUACUUGCCUCCAUCUUAUCAAUCGGAAACGUAUGCGCCAGCUGCAUCCUAUCAGUCUGAGUCAUACGCUGAACCUUCUUAUGCAGAAUCUGCUCCCGGCCAUACCUUUUCUUCUAAUGAUGGUUAUCGUUACAAAACUGCUCGUCGUCGCGUAUACCGUCGUCGCCUAUAUUAAAUCGGAAACAUAUGAAAAUCAUUGGCGAAUAUAAAAAUAAUGAAUAAUAAUUAUAACAAUGGAAAA